GAGAGAGAGGGGAGGGGACAGAGCCGGAGAGUGAACUGUACACAGUGAGUGAGAAAACAGAGAGGUGGAGACUGAGAGCACUGUUCCGGUAUCUGCUGUGGACUGAGGCUGUGUUUUACUGAGUGUGUUGUGUCAGCGGUGGAGAGUUGAGCUCUGGUUCAGUGAGGCUGCUCUAGCAGAUCUCAUUAGCAACGCGCCAUCCGGAAAGCACAACCGAUGGUCGACGUGAGCAUGGCACUGCCCUUGCAGGUGCCCCCGGCUGCCAUUCCCAUGGACCUGCGCCUGGACCAGCCCUUUGGCCUAGCACCACGACCAGACGACCAGUGCCACCAAGGACAGGUCCCAGGUCAGCGGGAGCAGCAGCUGCAGCAGGAGUUGCUGGCCCUCAAACAUAAACAGCAGAUCCAGAGACAGGUGCUCAUCGCUGAGUUCCAGCGGCAACAUGAGCAGCUCUCACGCCAGCACGAGGCCCAGCUACAGGAGCAUGUUAAGCACCAGCAAGACCUCCUGGCUCUGAAGCAUCAGCAGGAGCUGCUGGAGCACCAGAGGAAGAUGGAGAGACACCGCCAAGAGCAAGAGAUAGAGAAACAUCAGAGGGAGCAGAAACUCCUGCUGCUUAAGAACAAGGAGCGUUGCCAGGAGAGUGCGGUGGCCAGCACAGAGGUCAAGAUGAGGCUGCAGGAAUUUGUCCUGAACAAGAAGAAAGCCCUGGCCCAGCGCAACCUCAACCACUGCAUGUCUACUGACCCACGCUAUUGGUAUGGGAAGACCCAGCACAGCUCCCUGGACCAUAGCUCCCCUCCCCAGACAGGGAUGUCCACUUACAACCAUGCCAUCCUGGGGAUGUACGACUCCAAAGACAACUUCCCUCUCCGCAAGACAGCCUCUGAGCCCAACUUGAAGCUCCGGUCCAGGCUAAAACAGAAGGUAACGGAGCGCAGAAGUAGCCCACUUCUACGCAGGAAGGACGGUCCAAUUACCACCGCCAAGAAGCGCUCUCUGGACAUGGCUGAAUCGGCCUGCAACAGCGCUCCUGGCUCGGGCCCCAGUUCGCCCAACAACAGCUCCAGUAACAUCACCAAUGAGAAUGGCAUCGCUGGCUCCAUGUCCAGUAGUUCAGUAGAGGCUUCCCCGGCCCACAGGCUGGCUGGCCGAGAGGGCCCCUUGAGCCAGCUGUCUCUGUACACAUCGCCCUCGCUGCCUAACAUCACCCUGGGCCUGCCAGCCACCGGCCCUUCCAGCGAAGGUGACAGGCUUUCAAUGCACAAUAGACUGCAGCAGGGCUUCCCCAUAACCACUCCCUUCAUCCCAGGGGCCCACCUGCCCUCCUACCUGACCGACGGGGGCUCGGCACACAACCCCCUCCUCCAGCACAUGGUCCUCCUGGAGCAGUCCCAGAACCCACUAGGUCUGUCCUGCUGCCUGGGCGGAAUGCCCCUGCAAUCGUCCUCCAUCCACAAGCUGCGUGGGCAGCACCGCCCCCUGGGGAGGACCCAGUCGGCCCCUCUGCCCCAGAACGCCCAGGCCCUGCAGCAGCUGGUGGUCCAGCAGCAGCACCAGCAGUUCCUGGAGAAACACAAGCAGCAGUUCCAGCAGCAGCAACUCCACAUCAACAAGAUGAUGGCCAAGCCCAUCGAGCCGGGGCCGGGGCCGGGGCGGCAGCACGAGAGUCACCCGGAGGAGACAGAAGAGGAGCUAAGAGAGCACCAAGCCCUAUGUCCCCAGGACGGAGGCCUCAUGUGUGGAGUGACAGUCAAGCAGGAGCCCCCGGACCCCCAGGAAGAGGAGAGGGACCACAGAGACAGGAUAGUUGACCAGGAGCUGCUCUUCCGACAGCAGGAUGUGUUGUUGGAGCAGCAGAGAAUCCACCAGUUGAGGAACUACCAGGCUUCGAUGGAGGCAGCCGGCCUGUCAAUCACCUUCCCAGCACACCGCCCCCUCUCCAGGGCCCAAUCAUCUCCUGCCUCGGCUUGCUUCCCCCCCAUCGUGGUGCAGCAGGAACCACCCACCAAGCCUCGCUUCACCACCGGACUGGUGUAUGACACGUUGAUGCAGAAGCACCAGUGUAUGUGUGGCAACACCAACACACACCCAGAGCACGCCGGACGUAUCCAGAGCAUCUGGUCUCGACUCCAAGAGACAGGACUGAGGGGCCAGUGUGAGUGUAUACGGGGGCGGAAAGCCUCACUGGAAGAACUGCAGACGGUUCACUCUGAGGCCCACGUCCUUCUGUAUGGAACCAACCCACUUCGACAGAAACUCGACAGUUCAGUUACUCCCAUGUUUGUGAGGCUGCCUUGUGGAGGGGUGGGGGUGGACAGCGACACCAUUUGGAACGAGGUCCACUCGUCCAGUGCUGCUCGUCUAGCUGUGGGUUCUGUCGUGGAGCUUUGCUUCAAAGUGGCGGCUGCAGAGCUCAAGAAUGGUUUUGCUGUAGUCCGGCCCCCUGGACACCAUGCAGAGGAGAGUACACCUAUGGGAUUCUGUUACUUCAACUCAGUGGCCAUCGCUGCUAAACUCUUGCAGCAGAGGCUCAGUGUCAGUAAGAUCCUGAUUGUGGAUUGGGAUGUUCACCAUGGCAACGGCACACAACAAGCAUUCUACAGCGAUCCCAACGUUCUCUACCUGUCACUCCAUCGCUACGACGAUGGCAACUUCUUUCCUGGCAGUGGAGCGCCUGAUGAGGUGGGCACUGGGGCAGGUAUGGGCUUCAAUGUGAACAUGGCUUUCACCGGGGGACUGGAACCACCCAUGGGAGACGCAGAGUACCUGGCUGCCUUCAGGACGGUGGUGAUGCCCAUCGCCAACGAGUUUGCCCCCGACGUGGUGCUGGUGUCGUCUGGCUUCGAUGCCGUGGAGGGCCAUCCGUCACCCCUGGGAGGGUACAGGCUGACGGCCAAAUGUUUUGGAUACCUGACCAGGCAGCUGAUGGGGCUAGCCGGAGGCCGCAUGGUACUGGCCCUGGAGGGGGGCCACGACCUCACUGCUAUUUGUGAUGCCUCCGAAGCCUGCGUCUCUGCUCUGCUAGGAAUCGAGUUGGAUCCUAUCCCUGAGGAGGUGAUGCAGCAGAGGCCCAACCCCAAUGCUGUUCACUCCAUGGAGAAGGUGCUGGAGGCACACAGUAAAAACUGGCGCUCUCUUCAGCGCGGGGCCUCCACGCUGGGCUACUCUCUGAGCGAGGCUUGCCGGGUUGAGACGGAGGAGGCCGAGACCGUCACCGCCAUGGCCUCCCUCUCUGUGGCCAACAAGCAGAGGAAGAGCGAGGAGGAGCCUAUGGAGGGCUGACCAUGCCCCCUUCAUCAAUCAGAGACCCUCAAAGGUCUCCAAUUUAGGUCUCCCAUUUAGUACUCAGCCAACCUCCAUUUCAAUUUGACCCCACCCCUUGACCCCACUCGCACCCUGUCUAGGAGGCGCACCAGCCCCGGGGGGGGGCAGGGGGCAACGUAUAGAACGACUCGGUAUGAAACGGAAAUGGAAGACAUCACUAUCUCACUCGCCCCGAGUGUUCGGACUAAAACACCCCCGAUGUGUGGUUCCGUCUCUACGUGGGGAGGCAGAACACAAGGAGCGCCGGGUUUCCGGGUUUUGUCAGGUCUUUACUCCAGGACCGGUGGGAUCUAAGGUGACUUUGAAUCAUCCCACGCUGGCAACAUUGAGUGUCUGUGCUUCUUUGGAACAGACACACUCGCUACGUUCGAAGUACUGCUCCAGACACAGAAUUUCCCAUUUAGCCAUCUCCUUUCAUUUUUUUUGCUUUCUGUCGUUUGUUCCUUUGCCCUCUUCCGUUCACGAAAAACCGCAACCGAGCCCUGUGAUGUCAUUACUACUUUGUUUUACGAAUGUUUGAUUGUUACCAUUCAUGAAAGACUUUGAGAAAGGAGAGAUGUCGCAGGGUUUGCUGAUAUUUCUUGGCACGUUUCUCGAUUGGCAAAAAUCAGGCGUUUCUUUUGUUUGUUGCAGAAGAGGAAAGGUAUGGAGCGAGGAAAAGAGAAGGGGAACACGAUGGACAGGUGACCCGGGGCCUCAUUUAUCAAAACAUUGUCUGAACCUUGCGGGCGCCAGUUUUCACGCAAAGAUUGGUGUUUAUCCAUUUUGAACUCGAUGGGAAAGUGUGCGUAUAUCUACUGAAAUCUCAGACCAUGUGCACUCACAACUUCUAGUGGUUCAUCAACUGUAUUGCAAGCAAAUAUGAUUAUUUUUGGGGGGAAAUUGAGGUGUUUGAGGCACGGGAAUUUAUAAUAAUGGUAGGCUAAUAAAAACAUUAAAACAUAGGCCUAAUGAUAAAACAGAUGCUUUUGCCGUUGGUAAGGAGAUCACAUAGCAGCAUGUUCCCUAAUAUAUUUAUUUUACUUUUAUUAUAUAGACCUAAAUCAUAAUCAUAUUGCGGGACAUGUCUCUCCUUUUCUGACAUGACUGGUUUAUUUCUGCUACACAACAAAUAUUACACUACCAUUUAGCCAUCUCUCAUUCAAUAGCCAAGCAUGCUUGAAAGUAAAUAGACUGGUAGCCUAUGACAGUAUAGCUAGGCUAAAGUAUUCUUGUGCGACAGGAUCGCGACAUCGCAGCCCAUUUCAUCUCAGAGACGAUGCCAAAGUAGGAAAUAUAAACACAAUCGUGUAUUGAUGAAGGAAAUAUUGAACAACAACUCUUAUGUUGCAUAGAAGUCUGGGCUCUGAGCAGCAUUUACUUUUCAAUUGUUCAAUAGACAAUCCAUCUUGCCGAAUACAUGGCCGGUGUUUGGCACGCACUAUAGUUUAAAAAAAAAAAGUCACUGCAAAAGAUGAAAACAUUCGGGCCACACCUCUAACAGAAAUGUGAUCACAUUUACCAUUGCACUUUCUUUUAGUGACUAUCACGGCCCAGUUCCAAUGUCUCUUCAUCAUACAGCAGAUUAUGGUGUUUUUGUUACCAAUAAAGGUGAAUGGAGGGCAUUUUGCCAGGCAGGAUUGUAACGCUCGUUCACCAGCGUGCAAAUAUAGUAUGGCUCUGAUUAAUCAAUGAAAACAUGCGUAUAUGUUGCGUGCAACAGUUUGAUAAAUCCCAAUCAUUUUGUUCUGCACACAAAUCCUAGAAUGUCUACGUACGGCAGGAUUGAGUAAGAAAUGUAUGCAAUGGUUGAUAAAUGAGGCCCCGGGUCAUCUGGUUUGAGAUGACAGACUAUAAAAAGACCGUGAGUUUGUGCCUUUUUCAGUUUCUGCCUGGUGGAUUUCACGAUGAACUCAAGACCAAGAGCUUUGCCUUAAAUUUGUUUUGGAGGGAGAGAGGUGUGCCCUCCUAUCGCUCUCACGUCUCAUCUCCUUUUGUGGUAGCGAGACUGGCGGUGCCAAAACGGUGGCACAUCGACUGGAGGCCCUUGGCAUGUUUACCCUGACUUCCCUGGAGCCUACUCUCCCACCCUGUCCCGUUUGACCUUGUUGUCAGUGCUUGACCUGGGCAGGAGCUCCCCGCAGCUGACUACCGGCACACAAAAUCCAAGUCAAACACUACUUGUCGUAACCCCUUUACUAUCGUUUAGAAGGCAGUUGCCGUGCUACACAGGGACUGACAUGGUUGAGUCUUUUUCAGUGGAACGAGAGCCUUCAAUGUUUGAAACGUCAGCCAAUGAUGUGGCUUUCUUCUAGUAUAUAAACCCUAUACCAAAUACACGCCACCUCUAAGAAAGAGUUAGCUAGCAUGCACUGUAGUCUGUUCUAGAGAGAUUUGCCAUUUUAAACUAGAAUGCUGUUCAAAAACAGUAGUAGUAAGACAAGAAAUUAUGCCAAAGCGUGACGUUGCUAUCAGCUCAAUAGUCUGUUGCCACGUAGUAUUGUAGCCAUAUAGGACAGAUAUUGCUAUCAUGACUUUACGUUCAAAAGUGUUCUCUGUGAGGGAAUUAUAGCAGUUGACCAAUUUCUAUCUUACACACCUCACCCUUCAAAACGUUCAGACACUCUUACCUUCAUCUAGGGGCUCUACCCACAAUUAGCCGUUCAUUUGGCUUUGUUCACAGAGAUAAACAACUCACGAGUUUUUGUUACCAUGGUGACAGAGCAGUUAGACAGAACAAAGAUAAACAAUCAAAUCUCAUGAGUCUUUGUGUUACCAUGGUGACAGAGCAGUUAGACAGAGGUGUACCACCUUUGUGAGUUUACAGAGGGGAGCAAGUGGCACCCAUAUUCUCUGACAUUUGAUCCACGCUCCUUGUUAGGCACAGCUGCUCACCAAGUGUCAGGUGCUACUGAGUGUGUGUGUGUGUGUGUGUGUGUGUGUGUGUGUGUGUGUGUGUGUGUGUGUGUGUGUGUGUGUGUGUGUGUGUGUGUGUGUGUGUGUGUGUCACAUGUCACGAUCCAGUGAAAAAAAACCUUUAUACAUUGACACAGUCACCAUAGCUACUGCUAGGUGUGUGUUUUUAGGUACAGGAAAGUGUUUUUAACCUUGUGUGUGUGAGACGCAUUAAAUAACUGUGUCUCUAACUACAUACAUUUGACUUAGUUCACAAACACCUAUAGCUCAGAAUGCAGAGAAUGAAUGAAAGUAGUGAUCUCUGAAUACAUUUUUUUGAAACCCCCCCCAACUCAUGUUUCGCCUCCUGGCAACUACCUUCGACAUUGUUCCAUUGACGUCAUAAUCACUUUUUCCUACUGUUGGUAAACGAGGAAGAACUGAGAAGAUUCUGCAUUGAUCUUUCCUUGAGAUGUUUCCACCACGAUUGUUUUGAUGACUACUCCAUCCGUGUGGUUUUUACCCAUCGUUGUCUCUUUUUCUUCUUCUUUCUGUUAUGUCCUGGUUGUCUUUAGAAGUGGACUCCAGUGUCUUUGGUUUUUGUGCUUUUGAGUUGUUUUCCUGCCAUUUUGUAUUCGUUUGAGUUCUUUCUCUCUCUUACACUUUGUGCAGUUCCUUUUCAUGGUGAAAGGUUCUGGGGUUGUGAGGGGUGGGAUAGGGUAUGUAAAUAUUUCUACUUUGUAUAAUGAUUCCAACAAUUGUGUAUUUACUAUGCUGGCUGUUCAUGGUAGAUUUAUAUAUGACAACAAAUCUAUAAGUAUAUUAUAUAUUAUAAGAAAUUGCAAUCUUGUUUUGGGAAAAGAACAUUUGAAUUGCAAAGUGAUAUGCUCAUGUUUCAUUCCCUGGUCUGGUUCGGCCCUUCCUUGUGUCGCUGAGGGCACUGUUCAUUAUCCCUGACUGCCAUUGGCUGAGGGUUCAGUACAGUAGCAUCCCAUUUGGUGUCAGUCUCUCUACAGUGUACACCACUGACCUGGGCUCGAGUAAUACUUCCUGACACUACAUAGAGGAGUAGAAAGGCUGUCCCCAAACAAGGGCUUAGGAAAAGGGAUAAGUCGCUUGUCUCUUAUAUUUAAUUUCCUUCUCCAUUCAGACAUUGUGACAACCCACCCAUGUAAACAUGGGGUUACAGUGGAAUUUCACACUCUUAUGUCGCUAACACUUUCUAACCUGCAACCAAACACUCUAGCUGUGUUUUGUCAAAAACCUUCUGUAUACUAUCUAAGGAUGUGUAAUUCAGAAGCAGUAGCGGUGCGUGGAUAAAAUCACCGGGGAAGCCAAGCCAGUAAACAAAAUGCCAUAUUACAACUUAUGUGUUGUGAUAAUUACGUGGUUUGCUCUAUAACCUGUUAGUUCAUAUGCCUUGCCACCGUGAUAUAUAUAUAGGCCUAAGGCCGAGACAAUAAGGAGACAAAGUGGCAGAAUAAAUUCAACCACAGCUUUGUUUCACCACAAAACCGUGGAGCAACAUCUAUCCAGUGGAACAUCUAUCCACCAAGUGUAUUGUGACAAACAGUUACAUGAUCUACAGCAUGGUCAAUCAAGUUGAUGUUUCUGACAUUUUUGGACUACUAAACAACUUGAUUUAGGACACCGGAGAGUUACCCAAGUUGCAAAGAAAACAGAAGAUGCCUCCACUAUUCCAGCACCAUUUCAACUUCAACAUUUAAAAAUCAUCAAAUCACCUCUGCUUAGUCUAAUAAAGUGACAACUAAAAUAUUCCAAAAACCAUUCAGCCCAUUCAACGUCAGCUAAAUAUGAUGUGUCUGUCCAUAGUACUGAUUUCUCUGUGUGUGUCUGUGUGUGUGCGCGCGUGUGUGCGCGUGUGCAAUGAAGUAGGAAAACAAACAUGUUGACUCACCCUACUUGUAGAGAAACGUCAAUGCCAUCCCCCUCUCUUGCCGAAACGGUUUAUGACUGUCAUACAGUACACGUUUUUAGUUUUUGUUGUCUUAGGCUGCCUGGCUAAAAUGCUUUGUCGCUAGCCUAACUUCCUUUCAUGGCUAUCAAUUAGCCAGCUAAUUAACAUUCACCAACUACAUCUAGCUAUAUAUUGAACUUCCAUCCUCUCAGGCCAGAGGCACAAUGUCAAUGUAUGGUUAGAACCGAAUUGCCAUUAUAAUCAUUGGCCAGUAUGGAUAAUUAAGUAAAACCACAAGUCCAAAUCCCUAUCUCCAUCCAUGACACAUUUAGGAAAGGGACACUUUUAGCUAGCUAGCUAGCCACCAGAGGACAACAACACAACGAGAUGCAACAAUUCAAGUUUUUUUCUGUCAAUGACAUUUGGCUUCAUUUGAUGUGAUUAGUGUGAAGCAAAAUCCAAACUGACUUCCUUAACACUUUUUUUGGUGUGCCAGGACCAUUCACAGUUAAGCUCACUCAGUUUAGCUCAAGGCUGAUUGGCUGUUAUUGUGUAAAAAAAAAAUCAAGGAAGGUAAAUGCUCACUUGCUUCCCUUACAUUCAAUGCUAUGGGCAGCAACAAUAUCAUACUCUUUUUGACCAGACAGCAUCGGAUAGGUGGCCUACACAUAGAGACAGAACGGCACUGUUUCGCUCGCUUGGAUGCUUUCUCCGGUGAGAUACAUUCAGCCUCUUGCGAAUUGAAGGAAAAUGAUGAAACACAGAGAGACGAAAGAUAAAUUAUUUUAUAUGUUAUUUUUCUUCAAUUUUGGGGGAAGCCCGGCUUCCCUUUGCAUUCAUGAAUACACGCCACUCUUUCUGAAGGGCCUGUCUUGGAAUGACAUGAUAAUUACACAAGGGUUUCCCUAUAAUGAUUAAUCACUAUAAGCCCAGGAGUCGUAGUUAACCCAUCAAAAGCCCCCCCCCCCUCACCCUUUGACCUCAUCCAGCCCAAACUGCUCCUCUCUGACGGCUGAAGCAGAUGUCUAGUGAGGUCAAGGGUCAUCUCAAUGGAUCCAGUCUCAGCCAAGGGGGUGGAGUAUGAAUUAAUAGUCGAGUGUGCGUCACAGUUGUGGUGGUUGUUAUUGUAUUGGGGCACAAUAGUAACCGAUCAUCCAGAGCUCUCCCAGAAUGCACCAGCCUGAGCAAUUGGUAGUUAUGGUUUCGUCACUUGUAUUCAAGCAAUCUUUCUCAAAGGGACUUUAUACUAUCUGGUUAUCAUAGUGUCCAGAUAGUCAUUUGAAUAUUCUCGUGCUCUACAGACAUUCCAUUUGUUCGUUUUUUAAAUUUGUUUUAUCGUCUGUGUUUUUUUUUUUUCGUUUUUUUCUUCUGUUCUCACAAAAAGGCCUGAGGAUUGUCUGUGGGUUUUUUUCUGCACCAUUCCUCUUCCACCAUCUCUAACUUUCUCUGCAUGGUUUGUGUAACCGCAUGCCUGUCUCUGUCCCUGUAACUUAUCUGCACAAGGGAAAAAAGCACUGAAUGGACAGAAGUACGUUUUUAUUACAGCAUCAGGAUUCGGGAGCGAAGCAUGACACGAGAACUUGUUUUUUUGCAACCUCUUUUUUUUUCCCCUCUCCCACAAUUGACGAUGAGGAAGAACGGCGCUCCAUGUUGGUCUGACAGAUGUGCUUUUUACACGUAAAAAAAUAAAAAAAAAUAAACAGCAAACGGAACGACUUUUAACAUUUUACAACAUCUUUAUCUCGCACUUGUGACAUACAGACAAUAGAUUUUAUCGUAUUUGUGCACAACAACAAACACACACACACACACAAAAAAAAAAAACAUUUUAGGGAAACUAAACUGCGGAGGCAACAGGAGAGACCAACUCAUUGUAUCAUUUGAAGUUGGGACGGGGAGAGUGUUUUGUUUCCGAGGCAUCUGGAGAUAUCAAAGGGCUCUGUACCCGAUGAAUGGUCUAUAUCGUCGUCAGGGUUGUCCAUUCCACUUCAGCCAGUAAUAUCUGUGACCACUGUGGUAAAAAAAGAACAGUUAUAGGUUUACAAAAUGCAUCUGUUACGAAAUGCAUCUGUUUUUAUAUUGUUUUCUUUUGACUCUUGUUCUCUCCAUUGUUACAGAAUAGUACCCCCCCCCCCUUGGGACCUUAGCUCUAACAUUUUCUCUUUUGACAUCUACACUAUAAAGUAUAACGUUUUGGAAAAACCA